AUGUCAACGUUUCCGGCGGUACUAAAAAGUAUUUUAGAAGACAAAAAUGUGAUCAAAUUUGGAUGCAAUAUACAAGGAGAUGGAACCAAACUUUUAAAAGAUUAUGCCAUUCAAAGCAAAAGUCUUGCGGAAUUAAGUCAUUUAUGUGUACAAGUCAGGACGGAUAUGUCUACCUCAACUUCUUCCAAAAGAAAAAUCGCGUUAUAUAAGAUGGUUGAAGUGCUGCUGCAACAUGAAUUAGCGAAACCAAGGAAUGUGAUCUUGAGCAAUUGGAAUAAUAUCUAUCUUAGCCCAUCACAGGUUGAAUAUGCUGCAACCGAUGCUUAUGCUACCUAUAACUUGGCGCGUCAGAUAAGUAUUCUCCAGAAUUAUGAGGAUGACGUGUAUAGAAAAGACAUAUAUAGCAUAAAUUUACAUGAUAUCGGGAAAGAAUAUCAAAUUAGAAACGUAAAAAAAAAGUUGUGUGAAUAUUGUGAAGAUUUUGGUUUAAUCAAGAAACGAAGCAAUACAUUUGGAAUUGAGCAUAACAUAUUGACCACCAUCCAAAAUCUUAACAGCUACGACCCUUUUGCUGACACCGGUGAAGAAGACGCAGGACAACCUCAAGGGUAUAUUCAUAUUCGUAUACAACAGAGAAACGGUAGAAAGACUUUGACCACUGUUCAAGGUCUACCUGGUGAAUAUGAUAAGAAAAAAUUGUUGAAAGCUUUCAAAAAGGAAUUCGCUUGUAACGGUACGCUUGUACAAGAUGAAGAACUUGGGCAAGUAAUUCAACUUCAAGGAGACCAACGUCUCAAGGUCCAAAACUUCCUUGGGGACAACGGCAUCGAUAAAAAUAUCAUCAAGAUCCACGGUUUCUAG